ACUGGCAAUUCAAACUGCAUAAGAUCAACUUUAGGGAAUUCUUAGCCAAUAUCUGGAAGUCACCUGUCAGAGAAAGGCUACUCUGUAUGACAUAAGUGAAUUUUUAAAUAUUUUGUGGUGUGAGAAUUGCUGUAUUUAACCUAAAGAAAGAUGAGGGGGGUUUCUCCAAAUAAAUCCCUGUGAGUGGAUGGAUGCAUGUGUAUCAUUUUGCAUUCAGUGAGUGAAUGAUAAAAAGAAGAGGUGAUGGUGAAAGUAAAUAAAUUGAGGGUGGGAGGUCCAAAUCACCAAAGUAAGUAGCUGAAAGUGAACAAAGCUGUCACUGAUGUGUUUUCCUAUUCCCUUCCAUGGGUAAAGGCAAAGCUGCUCUAUCCAUUGAAACCACAUUUGGGAAGGAAAUUAGGGCAGUUUGAUUAAUAUGGUAGCUGAAAGGAGGUAAGGAGCCUUGAACUCAAUGAAACCAACUAUACAGUAACUAUGGAUGGGUUUCCUUAUGCUUGCAAUGGAGUACAAAGACUUUAUUGAUUUAUUUUUUUUGCAAACAGAAGGGAAAAACUGCUUAAUGUUGCCUUUCCUGAAUUUCUAGCUGAUCUUACCUAGAGUAAACUGGAUGAAGUGAUCCAUCCAAAGCAUAGCAUCACCAGUCCAUAUGAAUCUGGGAAUACAAGCCAUUCAACUCAGUAAAACUUACUACAGAGUAAACACACAUAGAUUUGCUAUGUACAACGUAAUGUGUAAAAUAAUGGCUUCGCUUCUUGUUUCCGUUUUUUAAAGUGUGCAGCUCUCCCUGUCUGCCACCUUGAGUACAAAAUUGACAGGCCUCAAGAUGUAUUUUAUUCUUUCACUGCCCAAAUUAAUAAAGAAGACCCCACAUUUUUAAUAAGAUGCCUUCUGGAAAGGAACAUUUAGUACAAGAUUUAAACAUUUUUUACAUUAGCUACAAGCAGUAUGACUGAAUAUUUCUAAACCCCACCAGGUGUGAUCAUGACUGAGUCAGAGUCAAGAGGGGCUAAAGAUGUUGAUCCUCUUCCAUUUUGAACGAAUUUAAUAUCUAACAAAAUUGCAUGCCACUGUAAGCUAUGCUAAUAUUACAUAAUAUUAAAGCAGGGCUUUAUUUAGAUCACUAAAACAGAAAGAAGCAUAUGUUGUUCUUGCUUUUCAUUUGGGAGUAGUACUGAUCAUGCAUUGAUGACAUGGGAACUGAAGAGGGGACUAAGUAACAUGUGACACUAUGUUUUAUAUGACUAGGCUAGGCAUGGUAUUUAUCUAAAAGAGAGAAAUCCUUGAUUUUUUCCCCUUGGUCAUUGGAUAAAAUAGUUCCCUUUUGUGCCAAAUGUGGCAUGCUCUUCCUGUAAAAAUCUCAAUCUAGCUGCAUUAAUUAAAUCCCUUUUAUCUACUAAACCUAAUGCCAACCCAAUUGUGCCUAAUUAGGCCUUCCCCUUAGUAAGGUUUUUCCUUCAGUUGCUGUAUGUUUGUGCAGAUGGGGAGCAAUUUUAUGAAAGGCUACUUUACUUCACAGGCAAUCAGUACUCAAUAAUUAAUAGUGGUGGGCCUUUAUAAGUGGGUUCUAUGCUUGUUUGGAAUAUGUCUGUGCAUAGCCACUUUGUGGCUUUGGUUAAUGUAAAUUUGGCCCUUCUGACUCAGAGGUUUACUUGGAAAAUUGCUGUGGGUGAUACACUAGGACCUAUCAGAUAAAGUCACUUAGAUUCAUUCCAAAUUGAACUCUUGUAGGUUCUGUGGAGGUGAUCAAGGCUCAGUCUGGCUUGGUUAUCUGGGAGGAGUUUGAUCCUUUUGAUCCUAAUGACAAGGACAGGGUUCUUGGAGUUACAAACUCAGGUACCUGUACUUUAGAUCCAUGUCUCUGUCAGUUGGGUAAAAUGUCCUGGGAGGUGACAUAUGGCUAGGUUCUGAUGAUGGUGAAUUCUUUGAGAGGGGUGAUUCCUCUGUCCCUUAAAGAAGUGGUAGUUUGUUUACCUCUCACUGGACCCAACCAUAUUGAACAAUUUUCAAUUAGUAUCCAACCUUCCCUUUAUAAGGAAGGCUGGAAAGAUGGUGGUCAUAUGGCAACUCAAGAAACCUUGGAGAAACUGGAUUAUCUGGUCUUCUUUCAGUAGAGGUUAUAGCCUGGGUAAAAUGGCAUUGAUUACAUUUGAUGGAAGUGGGAUGUGUUUGUGCUCCCAUCUCUGCUUUUCUUGACUACUCAGUGGCUUUUGAUCUCAUUAAUGUAUCCUGCUGGAUUGUCUCUUUGGAGAUUGGGAGUAAGUAGAUAAUGUUAUGCUGGUUCUCUUCCUUUGGGGCUGGUUCCAGUCAGUAUCAAUGGGGGAAAAGUCUAACCAUGGCCCCUGUUUGUGGAGUUUCACAGAGCUUGGCUCUCUUUUCACUCCUGUUUAACAUCUACAUGAAGCCAUGGAGUGAGGUAUCAUCAGUAUGCUGAUGAUAUCCAACUUUAUAUUUCUACCUAUGGCCACCUAAGUGAUGGUAUCAGAAUAUAAGUGAAAACAUUACUUAGCACUGGAACAAUUAAGGGCAACAAGCUUGUUCCACUCAUGGACUGAAGAUGAAAUAAAGAACAUGUCAUGAAGAUGUAGCAGAAAAAUGCUACAGCCUGUAUGUGUAUUGCCUGGUUAGGCAGAAGUCAAUCCAGAGAUAAGUUGUUCAAAGUGCUCAACUUCAUCAUAAUUAUUUCAGUUAAGAUAGUUUGAUGGAACAAUGCUUCACAAAGAACCAUAUAUAGAAACUGCAAUACAUAAUUAAGGGUGAAGAUCAUAUGACCUCCAUAGCUGUCAUAAGAUUCCGCCUUACCUGAUAUCUGAUUACACCUAAAGAUCAAGUUCCAACAGCACGACAUGAGAAUUAAUUAUUAAACUCUCUGGCAGUGUGUUUUUCUUUUUCAAAGCAAGCCAGCAUCUUUGUUGUGCCCCACACUUGCGGAAAACUGUCUUUCAGCUGCAAUUGGAGAGCUGGAUUCAUAAGUAUUCUUUAAGAUUGCAUAUCUUCUUAAACAUCUCCGUUCCUGGAGAAGUGAUUCUUGGGUCUUAAAAUAUUUGAGGAUGGAGCAAUCCUACAGAUCGACAAUCACUAUUUAUAAGAGCAUCCUGGAACAGUUUAAUCCAGCUUUGGAGAAGCUGAUAUAUCUGGGUAACAAGUAUCUGCAGGCUUUUUAUGCAUUAUCUGAGGCAGCAGAUGUAUAUUUUACAGCAAUUCAGAAGAUGGGAGAACAAGCUCUUCAGAGUUCUACUUCACAAAUUCUGGGUGAAAUUUUGAUACAGAUGUCUGAAACCCAAAUGCAUCUGAACCGCAACUUGGAAAUAGUUGCAGAGACCUUCCAUGUAGAUUUAUUGCAGCACAUGGAAAAAAACACGAAGCUGGAUGUACAGUUUAUUAAUGAUAGUCGCCAACGAUAUGAGAAGGAAUACCGACGUAGAGUAGCCAGUAUAGAUAAAUCCAUGAUGGACCUGCGGAGGAUGGAGGGUCGUCGAGAUAAAAAUGUCUGGGAGCUGAAGGAGAACAUGAUUCAUUUGCGUAAUGAGCUGCAGGUUUUCGUCAGUGAAAGCCAACAGGCUGCUGAGCUGGAGGAGAAACGCCGCUAUCGCUUCCUGGCUGAGAAGCACCAGUUACUGUCCAAUACUCUUCUCCAGUUCUACACCAAAGCUCGGACCUUCAUCCUGAACAAGGCGCCACUGUGGAAAGAGGAAUUGGAGGCCUCUCACAAUCCUGUGCAGAAUGUGCUCAACUCCCCACCCAGCCAGACACCCCCCUCUGGCCGUCUCACUCCUACUCACCUUGAAAAUAGGCUGCCAAGUGAUUUUGGUCCACCCAUGGCAGGACAGAGCUUCUCCCAGGAGACUGUACAGAUGGUGCCAUCCUUUCAGCCAGAAACAAAAAGGAAAACAAUGCCAAGAACUCCCUCACUUGGCUCUGCUUCUCCUGGUCUUUCUCGCUCCAACUCCUUCGGAGAACAAGCAACAAUGAGGGCAGAGGCUGAUAGUAAAGAGGGGAACCAUCUGCUCAAAGUGCUAGCAAUUGUGCCUCAUGUCACAGGUUCAAACCAGACUCUUUUGCCAUUUGGCACUGGAGAUGUGGUUACUGUCCUCCUACCAGAAGCUCAGAAUGGCUGGCUGUAUGGCAAGUUGGAAGGCACAUCAAUAAGUGGCUGGUUUCCUGAAGCUUUUGUAAAGUCUUUGGAGGCAUCAGCCCCCAGAGGUUUCUCCCUGAGGAGCAGCCGUAGUGUGGACAAUCUUCUAGGUCAGUCUACUGCUUCAGUGCCAGAUGAUUAUUGGCAGAAAUCCAGUAGGCCUCAGUCUCCGGUAUCUUCUCUGUCUUCGGUGAGAGCAGGCAGUCUUCCAAACAGCAUAUCUAAUGCUGCAACUCCCAGCAUGGGCUCCAAGAAGCCAGCAAGAUGGGAUCAUCCUCCAGAGCUCUUCCCCAGAGGUACCAACCCAUUUGCCACCGUCAAACUGCGUCCGACUAUUACUAAUGAUCGAUCAGCACCAAUCAUCUGAUGAAGAUAAUUUCACCAUAAGUCUUAUGCAACCAUGUUAUUGUUCAUUUUUAUUGUUAUUUUUUC